CAUCCAUCGUACUCGUUCGUUCAAGAGAUCCUCUCGGCGACGUAUGCGCUGCCCUUGCUGGGCAGGUGCACACAGUACGACCUACCAGCCGUAGAAGUGCCCACACUCGAACGCAUCACGACAAACACACCCUUACCACCUACUUCUCUAUCUCUCCCACCACUCUCUUCGCUCUCAUCAGCAAUGCCUCGCGCCUCCAACACACCAGACAAGUCCCCCAACUCGCCCCCCGCACCAACCCCUCUCCCUCUCCCUCUCGCCAUCUCGUGCACCACCAUAUGCCGCCUUGUGUGUUCCGUGUCUGCUGCAUCUCCCGCAAUGACCACACGCACUCGCGCAGAUUCAGUGUCCUCCCCUCCUUUAGUGCGUGUCUCAGCGUCGCGCCUAUGCGGCAGUGUGUCACGGAGAAAUCCAUGAGACGUCUUGGGUCGGGUGCGUUUGUGGAUUCUCCCUUUAGCUCGUGACUGCGGGCGUGUUGAUGUUGAGGAGGCAGGGGCCUGCAGCAGCAGGGGGGGCUCCAAAGCGAUCAUCUCGCUUCUGGGUGUCUUGGGGGUGGCUGGGACGACGGGUGUUUUCCUCGUCUCUGCCUUGUCCAUGGCUGGUGAGGCCGUCUUGGGCGUCGUCAGCCGGACGGCCUCUGGCGACAUGGCGACUGUGGCGGCUGUCGUCUCAGGCGUUUUCACCCUCUCUUGGCACACAGGAGUCGCCUUGCCGCCCCCCGGCAGCGGCUCAAAGUCGAAAUCCGUGACGAAGCGCGUCCCCGCUGCUUUCUCCCUCGCCGACAACAGCCGUGAGCUCCGACAAGGCAUAGCGCUCAGGACCCUUCGAUGCACCGUCGCAGCGGCUGUGGCUGCUGCAGCGGGUGUGUGUGGUGUGGCCGUGGCCGGGGGCGAUACCGACGCAGCGCGGUAGCUGAGAGCGUACUGUGGUGCGGGUGCUGGUGCUGGUGUGGGCGAGGUCAUGGCUAAGGAUACUGGCGAGAAGAGUAGGGGUGUGAGUGGGACGGAGUCGGUGUGGGGGGAGGAGGUUCUGACGGAGGGGUGGACCAGAGAAGGGACCGGCGACGGGGCACCUGACCACGCACAGAGAGACAUGAAUGACACGACAGCAGCAAAAAAGUGGAUGGAAGGUGCCAGAAAGAAAGUGACAGUACAGUACCUGCUAUCCUGGCUCCUUGCAUGACAGAGAGGCGUCGUGAGCCGACGAUCAAGUCCGUCCGCGACUGAGAUUCCAGACUGUCGUGCUUGUCCCUCUCCGCCUGCAGAAACGUCGCCACCGACGCCACCAGCCUCCCGCAGUCCCACUCCAGCUUCACUACCCUCAACUCCCCUGCCUCCACCCACACAAGCCGACCCCCGUCAGGCAGCAUCAUUCCUUUGGCACCGCACUCGCACUUCGGUCGCAGCAAAGUCAGGCAGCUUUUCAUCACCCUGCCUGCUGCUCCUGCUGCCGAGACGUCUUUGUCCUUCUGUGGCGACUGCGGGGGGCCUCGGAAUCGCCAAAUACGCGGAGAGGUCUUGGGCGUGAAAGGGGCGAACGUGGCCAGAGACACGUCUCCUCUUUCUUUGUCCUUGCCCCUGGCUUGACGCAUGGCGGCGGUCUGGAAGGUGGCCGGGGGGAGGGGGUAGAGCGAGAUGGUCAUGUUGUCGCCGUCGUGCACCAGCAAGGCGUGCUGCCGCGGGGUGUAUGUCACCCACCCGUUCGCUCCCGUGUGCGGCAUCUUGACAGGCGGGGCCGCCACGACGUCGAUAGCGAAAAUCGACGGACCGGUGGCUUCUCUCUCUCUCUCCAUCACCGUGACGGAUUGCGAGAGAAGCCCUGAUUGUGACGUGGAGGGGCCCCUCGAUACGGACACAGACGCAGACACGCUUUCGCCGCUGACACUGCUCUGCCGCGACAGCAGCUGAGAGGAGGACGGCGUCAUGGUGGUGGACCGAGCGGGGGGGGCAAGGAGGGCGCCACGCGUCUGUAUCCUCGACGGCAUGAGCGUCACCCUCUUCCGCCUCAGUCGCCUCUUCUUGCGCAGAGUCCAGAACGAUAGCGUGUCUCCGCUGUGGACCAUCAGCGUCAGGUUGCAGAAGAUGGCAGAGUGGACGUCGGCUGGUGGGCCAGAGGGGCACAGCAUUGAGGGCGGGAGGUAGGCCAGCCGCUCCACUCCCAUCUCGGGCAGCGUUGUCACGCUCGAGGUGAUGGGCAUCGGUCGCCUCUCCGCCUUGCGGGUCACCCUUGCCACCCCGACAAUCCCAUUUGACAGCACGAAGGCCGCGAACCGCCCGUCACCGCUCAAAUCGCUGUCUUGGAAAGUUACUCUCUCUGUGAACACCCUCUGCUGGCUCAGCAGCGACUGUGAGAUCAGAGAGUUGACCGACUUGCUGGGGAUGGUGGCCGUGAGAGUGGAGUGCACAAACACGUAGAGAGAGUGGGGGGUGUGGACGAGGAGGGUGGUGGCCUCGGAGGAGAUGCGGAUGGCUGUCGCGGGGGGGAUGGUCGAGAGAGGGUGUUCCCGCGACAUCCAGAAAAGCUCCGUCAACCGCUGCCCGUCACGCACGUCCCACACCUUCAAUGUCCGCCAGGCCGACGCAGCGAUCAAUGCGUUGGUCGCACAGACCACCAGCAGGAGCACCUCCUCCCCAUUCUGGCCGCCUUCGUGAGCUUUGACCGACUUGUUGAGCAGAAAUGGGUCGUCAUCCCCCUCGCCCCGCCUCCAGAUGUCCAUACGCCCGCCAACAUAUCCCACCAGCAGGAAGAGUCCCUCCCUGUCCACAGCCAGGGAACAGAGUCUCGGCGCACGCAUCGACUGCAGCAAGCUGACGUUUGUGAGAUGGCCUUUCUGCAUCUGGGGGUGGGCACGUGUGAGCGAGGGGAAAGGGGGAAAGGCCUCGCACCACAUGGAUGCCACGGACGGGUGGCUCCACCUGGCGGUGACCUCCCUCUGUAUGAGCGACCGUUGUUUCUCCAAGUGCCUGUGGAAGCCGUGGAUGAAGUAGGGCGGAUGCUGGCCCUCAAUCGCCCGGGAAGACGCCAGCAAACGGCUCAGCUUGCCGGCGUAGUCACAGAGCCCCGUGAAGGACACACUGCCUUCGUCAAGACCGCAUGGCAUUGACCGGCACUCCCUGACAACCUGAUUGACGGCCUCAUCACAGGCCUCCAUGUGUCUCGCCGCCUCCACAUAGGCCAUAGCAGUCGGGCUGGACUCCUCUCCUUUCCCACCAGCACCGUAGCCAUGGCUCUCCGCCGUCAGGUACUCUUCCAUCUGCGAGAAGAGGCUCUCCAGCCGGGAGGACGACACAGUGAUGGUCGACAAGUUGUCGGCGGUGGACACGCUCCCGGCCACAGACGUCCCCCUGCUGCCCUUGCUGCCCUUGCUGCCCUUGCUGCCGCCUUCGCCCCUUCUAUGGCUCCGCUGGCCAUGCUGGAAGGUGGGGAUGAUGUACAGCCGCCCGGAUGAGGCGCGCACGAAGACGCUCGGCCGGGAGCGGAGGGUGGUGUGGAGGAGCUCGCCUUGGUCGAUUUGACGGGAGGGGAGGGUGGUGUUGAUGAAGGGGUCGAGUUGGGUGCCGAGGGGGGCAGUGCUGUCGGGGAGGCGGGUGGACUUGCGCCUCAUGGACAGCUGGCUGACGAUGGCCAUCCGGCGAACGGCCUGCCUGCAGGUCGAGGGGGAGAGAGGACAAGCAGCGACGCAUUCGUGUGUGUAUGUAUGUGAAGAGAUGCCUUCCUUCCUCGCACUCAUUUGCUUACUUGAGUGUUGAGGCCCUCCUGGCUGUCGUGGCCCUUUCACCAGCAGCCUCCUCUUUCUCACGCUGAGACGGCCACCACACACACAGACACAGUAUGAGACACAGGCACUCUCCUGCCUCUCCCUGCGUCUGUCUACGUCUCACCUACCUUUGCCCAUGCGGUGCUGAGUUUGUAGCACUUGACCCUGGGGCCCAUCCCGACAGCCAAUAGGGGCAAAGAGGAGAGGCUCAGGGCCAUCCACGGGCGAGGCUUGCCGGCGGGAUUAUGUGCGACUGGCAGCGGGUCGGUCGAGAACAGAAACUCGCCCGUCUUGCUGGAAAGAACGAUGACGCUACCUGCAGGUGGACAGACAGGGAGGUGAAAGAACGACUGGCUGGGUGUUUCUCCAUCUGACUGUGUUGGGCCCGGCCCGCUCGCACCGUCCUCAUUGAGGAGGGCCAGGUGUGACGUCUUGGCCGACCACGUGCAGCCCGCGUGAUCGCGGCCCUUCGGCAACGGUACACGCCGCCUGCAUUGUUUGCAUCCAACACGUCACAUCACAUUCAUGUCAUGCAGCCAACACAUGAAGGGCCCGUGUGUUGUGUUGCGUGCCAUCACUCACUCACGUCGGCACAGGGCAGAUCUGCGCGUCUCCCCUCGGGGGCAGGCCCCUCAGUUGCGUCGUCUUCUCUGCGUUGGCGGCGAGGCUGUACCACAGCACCUGCCUCUCACCCACCACCAUUAGCGCCAUCUCGUCAGGAACGAUGAAGGCCCCUCUCAGCACGUCAGGCGGCUGCCGAUCACCCGAGCCGUCCACAAACAAUGGGGAGGCCGGGCGGCUCGCUGAGGGUGACGUCUUCUGUGGCAGGAGGUCGUCGAUGUCCGGCACCUCUGUCUCAGACAUGUCGGUUGAGCGGAACCGCAGCAGCCGCAGCUCCCUCUGUCUGUCCACCUUGACGUCGGUGCUGCCCACCCACAGAACCCGCACACACGGCACCACAUGGUACCUCUCCCCCUGCCCUUCGGCACCCCUUUCUGCCGACGGAUCGUCUGCGAGGCUCUCGGCGGUCAGGCGCAAUCGCAGUUUGGUAGGGCUUCGGGGGCUCCUGUCGUUCGCCUUGUAGCUAACAGCAUUGAUGUCCAGCACGGCAGCGCGGGAGUCGAUGACGAGCAGUAGAGGGGGAUUGUCCUGGGUGUUGCUGAGGGGGGCGGCGUGCAAUACCUUGAUGGGCGUGUGGGUGAGGGUAAGCAGGUGCGCAGUGGGCAGGAAGUAGUUGCUGUAAUACUGAACGGACGAACCGGCAAAAUCAGAGAGCAAUGCCAUUCCAGAGAUUUCAGAGCUCCUCGCGUCCGCUUCUUUACCUACAUUGGUCUUUAUGUAUGGCUCCAGCUCAGAGUUUGGCGUGAAUUUUGCCCCUGGAGGCACGCGCUUCUUCCUCAUUUCGUCGGCAUACAGCAGCAGCCGAUGCUUCUUUAUCAAACUGCAUCCACACGCCGACACACACCCACAUCCAUUCACCGAGCCCCUGUGUCUCUCUCCGUCUGUCUGUCUCUCACGCGGCGUUGUCUUCCAUGAGUCUCAGUCUGAGCUGGUCAGUGAUGGGCAGGGCGUGCACCACUGAGGGGAUGAUCCGCUGGUAGUUGAAAGCAACCAGACCUGCCGCGGCCCUCUCCGCUAUCAGCUGGGCGGAAUCGCUCGUGUCAUCUGCACGCAUAUUAAGACACACAUACACCCAUCUGGACUGAGAGAGAGAGAGAGGCAAAGGAAAUGGCGUCGGUGCUGACCUGCGAUGAUGCUGACGUGUGACUUCUUCCUGGCUGUGAGGACGAAGCGCUGGAUGCUGCCGUCACAGUAGAAGAUGAGGACACUCUUGUAGGCUGGUGGCAUGACGACUGCGUGCGCGAUGGGCUCCGGGUGUGUCCGCAGCAGAUGAAACUCCUAACAGUGACAGAAUUCAGCCGUUGGGUGGGUCUUGGUGUGGCGUGGUGCGGCAUAUCCACCAGGUGGUCUUAGACUACCUGUAUCUCUUUGCUCAGCUUGAUGAGCAGCGACACAUCAGGCUGCACCCUUACACACAACAAACACACCCACAAGACAAAUGACCCACCACAAAUGAAGCCUCACUCACCCAUAUGUGCUUCGGCGCCGUCCGACCGAAGAACCUCUCAUGGUACGCCGCCACACCGUCCGCCCCCCCAUGCAUCAGCACAAACCCAGGGGGCAGCAACCGAAGCGAACCCACCUUCCCCCGCUCCUCAUCCCGCUGGCCAUAGCCAAUCCCAGCCAUAAAAGUGUCGCCCUCCCGGCUGUAGAACUGGGGAGCCUUGGCGUUGAAUAGAGGGGCCGAUUGUGGGCCGGGGUCUCUCUUUCUGCCGCUACCUUCAAUAUCGAAGACGGAUUGUCUGCGGCCGGAUGAGCGUCGUCUUGCGGUGAGGAGGGAGAGGCGGCGGUCGACGGGUUGUGGGAUGGGGAGGGAGGGGGGAAUGGUGGGCGGGGUGCACUGGGUGAGCUUGAAGUGGGGGGCCAGGAGGUGGCAGAGGUUGACAUUGCUGAUGAAGUCGUAGAGGACCGAACGAAUGCUGACACACAGACAACACAGACACGGAGAAAGAGACAGACACACAGCCGCGUCAAUGUACACAGAACACACUGUGUCUCUCUCUCACUCGUAUAGCAGCUUGAAGGCCGAGUAUUCUGAUCGAGUGAAAGAGUGCCGAUCCCACAGUGCCCCGUACCUACAGAUGGACAUGUCCCAGCCAGCCAGCCAUUCCUUCCAGCAGUGCAACUCGAGUCUUCACAGGUACCUUGCGAGCAUCAUGUCAGCUCCGUUUAGAGCCUCAGGCAGCCAGAACUCCAUGCACAGGAGACAUAUGCCCAACACGGCCACCUCCAGGCUCGGUACACACAGCUGCAGCUGACUCAAGGCCGCCGGGAGCGACGAUAGCUCUUGACAUCUCCGCCUCAAUAAGAAGCUGAGCAUUUGUGCCUCUCCUAAGGACGGAUCGCCUUCCGAUGCCGCGUCAACGAGCCCCUGAAUGCGGCCCCACCCCCAUCCGCAGACACCGUCAUCCUGCCCACCUCUGUCUUCGAUAGCCACACCCCUGCGGUCCCUGCACAGCGUCAAGAGCACUUUCGCCCUGUGCAGCAGGCCCCGCGACUCCAGCCACGCCACCAUUCGUGGGCUGUUAAGCAGCGCCUCCAGGGGGUGGGGUGCGGGUGUUUCUGAUGAAUAGAUGGAGAAGAGGGCAUCUUGGAAUGCCCCAUGGGAUGUAUCCAGUGUCUCGGUGUCGGCAGUUGCGGAAGCGAGGCGGUCCAGCAGUUGAUGGAUGGCGCCGAGGACCAGUGCUGUUGUGUUGUUGUCAGUCUCAGUGAGGUUUGCUUGAAGGUGCCCUACCAGGUCUCCCAACUCGUCCAGCCGAGUGCUGCUUUGUUCCAUCUCCCAAGGCAGCAGGGAGCACCAACACAGCACACGGAGGACCAUGCUGCAAAGGGCCAACAAGUCGGCAAAUACAGCCGCGAAAGACUCAGCCGAGUCGUCGAUUGGCCGGCAGUGGAAACAGGGCGACACAAUCAACAUAUAAUGCUGGCCUCCAAGAGGAUAUUGGCGCCAAAAUGAGGGCGGAAGGGCGUCGUCGGCAUCUCUGUCCUUUGCUGCCACCUUCACCGCAAUACCGCCAUUCGGCUGAUCGAUGGACGAGUAGCUCCGCAUGUAGCCCGAUGUGCCUUCACUUGACGCAUCAAUGUCAUCCCCAGUGGCUUGUGUGUCGCUGCAUGGUGUCACGUAGAUGUCCCUUGGGCUGAUUCGGCCGCCGAGAGUGACACCUGCAGCGUGGCAGCCCAUAAUGGCCGAGGACAGCUGGAUGGCCCAGUCGACGCACAUCUCCAUCGCUUCAUCUGAUGAGCCCUCAUCCUCACCACGAUCGCCCAUGCCGCUCUCCAGCACCUCUGCAAGCGUCACAAUCUGGGUCCGCCUUGACGACUGUCCAGUCCUCAGCUCAAACACCGGCACGGGAUCACACACGCCCACCCGCCGGUGUGCCGGCUGCCUGCCCUCCACUGCAAUGGACUGCAGGAAGUGGACGGGCAGCACAUGCGGGUGAAAGAUUCCAUGCCAGAGAAGGGCCGCGUCGUCGAGGGCCACAUCGUCAGACUCUUCUUCUGGCGGGACGCAGACAGACAGAGCCACGGACGAGGUGCCGUACUUGAGGACCACAAGGGCUGGCCCAGGGCUCUGUGAGGGGCUCAGCAGCGGGCGAACGGCGGCGUUGAGCAUGACAGAUCGUCACAGUCUCCCGUCUCUGCAGCUGUCGUUGGUGUUUCCCUUUGGGGCUCAGGUUCAAGACUCAAUCGAGACGGCAACGA